GAGAGAUUCGCGGCUGGAAGCGGGGUUCUUGGAUGGUGCUGGCUGGUGCGGACUGCGCGGGCAGGGCGCUCCACAGACGGUCGUGCAUCAGGAGCUCAUACUCCCCGUCGAAGGUUACCUCCUCGCCGAUGAUUGCGUUGUGAUCGAAAAUCGCGGCCACAUGAAGAUUCGAGAUGUCGUAUAGCGUUACUGCGCCCCGCGCGAUUUUUCCGUGCCUUGGGCAUUCGACAGAGGUUUUAGAGAUCGGAGCAAGACGCUUGCGAUGUCAACUAUUCGACGACGCGCACAAGAGUGUCGGUGUUUCGGCGGGCACUGCAGCGCUCGGCUGCGGCGGUGCUGUGGCGCAAGAUGGCGGAUGGCGUGGGUACGCCAACGCACGUGGCGCAAGAUGGCGAGUGGCGUGGGUACGCCAACGCAUGUGGCGCUGGCGUGGCGCGGGUUGUGUAGCUAAGCUAGAUGUAUAUGUCUAUGUCGUGCAUUAG